CCACGCUUUGCUUGGGCCUCGUCACCACGAAAAGCUUCUUGCUGGCGCUUCCCAUCAUUGCCUGCUCGUUCUUUGGCCGGCCAACAAUGGACGGGAACACAUGGCGCGGCGCAUCGUCGCCGGAGAAGCCGGCCUUCACCAUCCCGGAGCCGUUGUCACAGACAAUGGCAGACUGCUCUUCGUCGGACAUAGUUAGGAACAGAGACGCGAUAAAAACAAGAUCCCUAAUCAAGUUUGUUGUUGCUUGCUCGUGGUGCAAGAGUGAGGGAAAGAAGCCCGGAAGAAAAACGGCGGUCAAGACACCAUGA